AUGGCGGCGCGAGCAGUCGCAGCGGCCCCUCGCGGUCUAGAAAAAACAGUGUUUUCGUCUUGUUCGUCAGAUCUGUCGAGUUUGUCACUUUGUUCGUCGUCUCCGUUGGACUUAUACCGUAAAGGACAACAAUACAGCCGUGAGUUUCUUCUUGGAAGAAGAUCAACCUUCUUCAAUUUGGAAGCUAAACUCGUAGAGGAACUCAGCCGCCUGAAGCUCCUCUGCUACCCGUCUCGCGUCGAGCCCCACCCGGAAAGGAGACGCCGCCGACGAUGUGAGAGGAAGCAGAAGAGGGGGAAACGUGGAGGUAUCCAGGCUAGGCUAGAGGCUAGCCCACACAAGCCGGCAAUUCCAUCACUACUUAUGGCAAAUGUCCGCUCACUGGAUAACAAGAUAGACAACAUACGCCUACUACAAUCAACCCAGCGUAAGCCUACACAAGAACCAGUUCUUCUGAAUGGCCUAACUGAUCUACUUAAGAAGAAAAUUCCAGAAGUAUUUGAUGAACUGCAAACUAAUGGCAUUCUUACCGAGAAGACCAGGCUCAAACUUGUCAAAGUUUGCAUCUCUGACUUGGUGGAGAGGCAUGGGUUUUAUCCAUCCAACACUGAAAACGUGGUCCUUGCGAAGAAUCUCAUCACUAUAUUCCCUCAGCUGAAUGUUCAAAUCGGUGGCUAUGGAGAAGGCUUUCCCCGGCAUCGACAAGUCACUGAAUCCUGCCCUCUUCAGUGUCUGGAAAAACACACCUCUCUGAACACUAUAUUUCCCACAAAUCAUUAAAACAUGUUCCACAGUUUCUGGCUGGCUACAGUGUAUACACUUUCCGGUUGGAUGCUUUCCUAUUCUACUCAAUGUAUGAUUGAGACCUGUAUGACCUAUUCUCAUCCGAGAAAUGACAUUUUCCUCCCUUCUUUUAAACCCCACCUUCCUUCCAUCCCCCACAUACCUUUGAAUUUUAUAAAGAUGUCUUCCUGUAUCACUAAGGUCCCAAUGUUCUUGCCAUGUUGUUUGUGCAUAUUUAUGUAUGAAUGUUUUAACCUCCGCUUUGCUAAGUGGAACUUCUAUGUCUAUGUUCAUAAUUCUGAGUGUUUGUUUGGCCAGAAUAUCCACCUGUUCAUUACCCUCCACACCAACAUGAGCAGGAACCCAGAUGAAACUAGUUGCUAUGCCUUUGAUUUGCAUUUUAUAUAAAAUUAGAAAUAUUUCAUUUAUUAUGUCCAUUCUAAAUGAAGAUCUGCCUGAUCGUAUACUCGAUAAUGCUGAAAAACUGUCCGAUGCAAUUACACUAUUAUGUAUUUCUAUCCCCUCUAUCCAUUUCAAUGCCAACACCAAUGCCCACAACUCUGUCGUGUAUACUGACACAUGGUCUGUUACCCUUUUCUUUAUAUGUGUAUUACUCACUGGGAUAUAAACUGCUGCCCCUGCACGCCCUGUCUCUGGAUCUUUGGAGCCAUCUGUAAAUAUGAUUGUUGAGUCUGAGUAAUUACUUGCAAAAUAAUUCUGGACUAUGCGCCAUACUGGUAGUAGUUCUUUCUUUUCCUUCAACUCCCUUUGUAUAUUGAGGUCUACCCUUGGCAAUGGGAAUAACCAGGGUGGAAUGGACAAGAUUGGAACUGUGGGGCAAUACUGUAUUUUAUUCAAACCUAUACUUGCUGCUUUAACAUCACCAAUCCAUCCAAAACUUGUUAAAUGUGACUCAUUGUGCUCCCAGCAGUCUUUCAAAAUACUUUUCGCAGGAUGACUAUCACAAUGCCCCUGAAGGUUUACCCAGUAUGCCAACAUUAACUUAACUCUUCUUAUCCUUAAAGGCAUUUCUCCCAUUUCCACCUGUAUUGCUGAUACUGGAGAUGUUUUAAAAGCUCCACUACAUAUUCUCAGGGCCUGAGCUUGUAGGACAUCCAGUUUUUUAAGGUUUGAUUCUGCUGCUGCCAUGAACGCUAUACACCCAUAAUCUACUACAGGUCUCAUGAGUGCCCAAUAUAUAUUCAGAAGUGAUGAUCUACUCGCUCCCCACUCCUGUCCCGCCAAACACCGAAGUACAUUGUUGACCUUUUUACAUUUAUUUUGAACUUUGCCUAUAUGAUUGCUCCAUGUUAGCUUUCCGUCAAACCAAACACCAAGAAAUCUUAUUGUAUUAACCUGUUCAAGAGGUUGCUCAUACAAUUUUAACGAUAUAGGAGCAAUUUUAUGCCGUUUUGUAAAACAAAUGACCUGCGUUUUAGCUACUGACAGUUUGAAUCCCCAUUUAUUUGUCCAUUUCUCCACUUCAACUAUUGCAGCUUGUAUUUUCUUUCCAACAUGUGCUACAUUGCGACCUUUUGCCCACAAAGCCCCAUCAUCUGCAUACAAAGAUUUUCCCACACUUGGAUGAACUUGAUUAAAAAUGUCAUGUAUCAUUAUAUUGAACAGCAACGGACUACAUACACUACCUUGCGGAGUACCAUUCUCCACAGCAUAAACACUUGAAUACUCUGCACCUACUCUUACUUGUAUUUUCCUGUCCAGUAAAAAAUUCAUAACCCAAUUAUAUGCUUUACCACCAAUUCCCAAUGAUUUUAACUUGAUUAGUAGUCCUUCCUUCCAGAGCAUGUCAUAAGCCUUUUCAAUAUCAAAGAAGACUGCAAU